AAACUCAGAAAAAUGACUACCCCAACCACCCCCCCCAAAGGUCUCCUCCUCAAAGCCGACUCCAUCGCCACCCCCUUCCACUCCGAAGUGCAAACCGCCAUCUCCUCCCGGCCCCGCAAACCGCGUCUCGUCGGGAUCCUAUCCACGAGUUCUGCGCCGAGCAGGAGUUAUGCGGCGUUCACGAAGAAACAGUGUGAGGCGUUGGGAUUGGAGUUCGUGUUGAGGGAGGUCGGGGCGGCGGUGGGCGGUGGGGAUGGCGAGAGGGGGGAGGGAGAGGGCGUGGAGGAGGCGAUUAUUGAGGCGAAUGGGGAUGAGGGGGUUGAUGGGAUUAUGGUGUAUUAUCCGAUUUUUGGGGCACAGCAGGAUCACUAUUUACAGCAGAUCGUCUCGCCGUUCAAGGAUGUCGAAGGUCUCAACUUCAAGUUUCAUUAUAACCUCUACCACAACAUCCGAUACGUCAAUCCCCGCACCUUCCUCUCCGCCCCAUCUUCCUCCACGACCUCCAACCCCUCCAUAGCCGCCCCAGUUCCUACCACCACAGCCGACACGCCACCCCCAGGCCACAUCAAGUCCAUCCUCCCCUGCACGCCGCUCGCUAUCGUGAAAUGCCUCGAGAACAUCGGCGUGUAUAAUAAGAUCUUACCGUACGGUGAUCGCGCGUACGGAAAGACUGUGACUGUCAUUAAUCGGUCGGAAGUCGUGGGACGCCCGUUGGCUGCAUUAUUGGCGAAUGACGGCGCACGGGUGUUCUCCGUUGACAUCGACUCCAUCCAGGAAUACACGAAACGGCCUCCCUCCUCUUCCGACUCCUCUUCCGACUCCGACACCGCACGCCGCUACCACCCACACCACGUCGCCCACUCUACCACCCUCUCACUCCAAGAAUGUCUCGCCCAGUCCGACGUCGUCGUUAGCGCCGUGCCGAGCGCGAGCUAUAAGGUGAAGACGGAGUGGUUGAAGGAUGGGUGUGUUUGUGUGAACGUGGCGGCGGAUAAGAAUUUCGAGGCGGAUGUGAGGGAGAAGGCGUCGCUUUAUAUCCCGGCGGUGGGAAAGGUGACGAUCUUGAUGUUGUUGCGGAACUUACUCCGUCUGCAGCAGUAUCAAGAGUUGCUCGCGGAGAAACCGUCCAGCUCUUCAAGUUAG